AUGCGGGAUCGACAGGCUCGGGGGAAGGAUCCAUACGAGUCGUCCGAUGCUAGUAGCGAUUGGGGUCCUGAGGGGAAUAGGAAGUAUCGGGCUGGAGGGUAUGAACUAAUACACCGUCUCAACUCUAGCGGAAAAGACGAGUCUUACGCCGUACUUGAGCGUCGCCGCGUAGCCGCUCAAGUUCUAGAUAGCCCGGAACUACUAAUGAUGGCAGCGCAGCGGGACAAUGAGAGUAUACCGGCUACUCGGCUCCGCUACACCCGCAUGCUAUGCGGUUUCGAGGAGCCGCCGCAGCCGCAGUCAGCACGUAAGAAAUCGCACCGCGGCGGUGGUAGCGAUUCCUCACGCGCACCGGGAGGGUCGACGCCCAGUCGUUCGAGUAGGAAGGAGGCUCGGUGA